AUGUACAAAAGACAGUCCCCGGAGAGGUCCACCACCGCCAAGACCUGUUCCCAGGCCACCGCCUAUUAGGCCGAUUCCACGACCUCCUAGGAUAACACCACCGCCGUUAGGCCAACACCACCAAGAUAUGUGCGGCCUCCCACUGCGCCGCCCAGAAGACCAACGAUACCACCUCCCAAACCCACCAGAAGAGUUCCCAUCACAAGGAAACAGCCGAUAAGAACCCCGAAACCACCAGUAACCCAAAGGCCUGUGGUGCAAACUACUCGGAGAUUCCUGAUUUGGUCACGGCAGCCUACUAGAUUACUACCAACCAGACCAAAUAUAAGGCCCACGUUAUGGACCCGGCCACCAGUGCGUCCUCCGUUGCCAACAGUACGCGCAACACCACCAAGAGUGCGACCCACUUUGUGGACAAGACCUCCUGUCAGAGUCACAGUGCGUCCCACCAUUCGACCUACGAUGAGAGCCACCAUUAGACCAACCGUAAGACCCACUCUAUUUACAAGACCUCCGGUAACAAAUAGACCCACAAACCCUACAAGAAGAGCCACCUUGUGGACCAGACGCCCCGUAGGAUCCACUUUCUUGACAAGACCUUCAGUUAGACCCACAAAUCCUCGUUCGACUUUAUGGACCAGGCCACAAACUAGAACCACUAGGCGGUUAACGUUUAUUUUCAACGAUUCCACGCCAACGCGACCAAUUCGCACCACUAGACCUCCAAGUCCGGACAUAACUCGAUCCACAAGAAGCCUGAUAUUUGUGUUUCCAAGGGAUACUACUUCAAUAGCUCGUCGUCCCAAUUGGACUGUCCAUCCCACGAACAGGCAGACAAGAGGAGUUGAAUUUACCACUAUGAGGGCGUAAGAAAUAAAGGAAACACAAAAAUAUGGUCUUUGACCAUUAGUUAAGACCUUUCUUUUAACAAUUGAUUUGUACAUAUUCUCUACAUGCAUGCGAUAUUAAAUUCUGUAUAACCUAGCC